AUGUCCAUCCAUUUUCAUUUUGGCGGCGCUGGCGGUGGCCGUGGCCGUGGAGGUAGCGGUGGCCGUGGAGGUGGCGGUGGCCGUGGAGGUGGCGGCCGCACAAACAGCCUAAGAGAAAGGCAGGAGCGUAGGCAAGCCAUCUGCGACCGAGCCUUUGCCAUGAUGAUGGCCGCCCACCGUGGCGAAACGGACGGCAUGGCAGCCGACGGGCGCGCCUUGUUGGAGCGCCUGAGGCAGCAUAACGUGCUGCCUCAGGUUUCGGUGGCCCCCCAAUACAACGAGGCCCCGGCACAGGAACAAUACGCGCAUUAUGUGCCGCAGGUGGCCCCGGUACAACAAGCGCAUUAUGUGCCGCAGGACAAUGGUCAAAUGGACCAAUAAUACCACAAC